UUCAUGAAUCCGUCGGUCGGUUCUUCUGGUUUGCGUGCUCCUUCUUUCCUUUCUCCCGCGCCGGAGCGCUCGCCUCCUCCGUGAGCGCCCGCGAUCUUCCUGGCACGCGAGGCCAGGGGAGAUGCAGCGAGGCGCGGGGCGCUUUUCCAGCCGCUCCUCCGCCGGGAGACAGCCCUCGGCACGCUCCCCUCGCCUUCCUCGAGCAGCCCGAGCGCCGGGCGCGCCGCCGCCAUGCAGCGAGGCAGGGUGCUGACGGCGCUGCUGUGCGCGGCGCUGCUCCCGCUCCGCUCGGACGCCGCCAAAGCGCCCAAACGCCCGGCCCGGCCCCGGAGCUGCGGCGAGCGGCCCGAGGAGCUGCUGGAACAGCUGUACGGGCGGCUGGCGGCCGGCAUGCUCGGCGCCUUCCACCACACCCUGCAGCCCGAGCCGCCCGGCCGCCAGCACAACGCCAGCUGCCCCGCGGGGGCCCGGCCGGGCGGCGACAAGAGGUUCCGGCUGCCCGUCAACCUGCGCAGCGCCUCGCCCUGGGCCUACAGAAUUUCAUAUGACCCCACAAGAUACCCUAAAUACAUUCCUGAAGCAUACUGUCUGUGCAAGGGCUGCCUCAUGGGGAUCUUUGGCGAGGAGAAUUUCCACUUCCGCAGCACCCCCGUGUACAUGCCCACCGUCAUCCUCCGCCGCACCUCCUCCUGUGCUGGGGGCCGCUAUGUGUACACGGAAGACUACGUCACUAUCCCAGUGGGCUGCACGUGUGUGCCCGAGCAAGAGAAGGAGGCUGAAAGCGUGAAUUCCAGCAUAGACAAGCAAGAGAUGAAGUUGCUGGUAAACCAGAACAAGCCGUCAUCAGAAUGAAGAAUAUAGGAAGAGUCGUUUGUUCGGUAUUGGCUUCACAUCAUUAUUUCACCACCUCAGCAAACUGUGCACAGCAGAGAAACACAUCAGAUUAUGCUGUUUCUCUGCUUACAGCUAUUUCAGUUAUAAGAUGGAAAAUUCUGCUCAGUUGCUCAGAUCGUUAGCGAUGACAAUUUGUAUUAAGAACUUCUGUAGCUCAUGUGAGCAUUUGUUGCAAAUUCCAGUAUAGCUUUCCUUUCUUUCCUUAGGGCGGAACAUUUUAUCCAUACUUAUUCACAGUAAAUUUUAGAAGAUGACGCAAUAGUAAGAAAUGCUCGCUAUUGCUGUAGCAGACUACUGGUUGUAGAUAUUAUUCAGGAAUCUCUUAUACUCUACGUCUUUUAAAUACUUUUAUAUAAAGAUCACAUACCAAAGUGGCCUAAGUGCCAAAUCAUCAGUUAAAAGUAUGGUUUUUCAGUCUGGGAAAGCCUUCCUUUAUACGACAUAUCUCAACCCAAAGCAGCAUUCUUUGCUGUUAUAUCUUUGGCUAUUUAUACAGCACAGCAUGGGAACCUUCACCGGGCUGGAGUCAUUCAUGAAACGACAUUCUGUGAAUUAGCUAUUUUUAAACCCACCAAAUUGCUAUGGGUACAAAAGUGUUGAGAAAAAAGCCAUGCUAAAAUGUUAUAAAAGUGCAGUGGACUUCCCUGGUGUGGACUACAGCUAAUGGCACGGAAAAUAUCCAUUAGAAUAAAUAGGGUUUGGAUCCCAAAAA